UAUACUUUAUUUUAAAGAGUCAAAUGGCUAACGAAGCGACAAAAGAUGGAUCUGUUGCGGUGACCACUGACCUGACAAAUGACAAUAGCAAUAAAAAUCUGGAACCUGUCCGCUGGUCAUCAAAAGUCGAGUUCAUACUGACAUGUCUUAACUAUGUUAUAGGUUUCGGAAAUAUCUGGAGAUUUCCAUACAUAUGCUAUAAAAACGGCGGCGGUGCAUUUCUUAUACCGUAUUUUCUGAGUCUGGCUUUUGUUGGAUUUCCAGUGAUUAUCUUAGAGAUGACUUUAGGACAGUAUUCAUCUAAAGGAAAAGUCAGUGUCUGGAAAUUUAUGCCUAUCUUUCAGGGUAUAGGCUAUUCAAUGUUAAUAAUGGUAUCGAUUCAGUCGGUCUACUAUAACGUAUUGGUUGCUUGGGCUCUGCGAUAUUUUUUUGCCUCCAUUACUAUAUAUGAGUUACCGUGGAAGUCAUGCAAUCACUCGUGGAAUACUAUAGAGUGUAAGGCCGGGUAUGUGAACGGCAGCGCUAAAAGAUAUACUUCCAGUGAUGAGUACUUCCACGAUAAAGUACUUGAUAUUAACAAAAACAUCGGUGACAUUAGUGAGUUGAACUGGCCUAUGGUUGGGUGUCUGCUUAUUGCUUGGAUCUUAUGUUUUGUGAUACUAUCCAAUGGUAUCAAAAUUAUAGCAUAUUUGGCAACAAUAUUUCCGUGCAUAUGUUUGGUAAUAUUAUUUUUAAGAGGCAUAGUAUUGGAGGGCGCGUGGAAUGGUAUCAAAUUUUAUAUAACCCCAGACUUUAGCAAACUGUUAACAUUAGGCAUUUGGGUUGACGCCAGUCAACAAAUAUUUUUUUCAUUGGGCAUAGCGUGGGGUACUAUCAUAUUUUUGGCCAGUCAUAAUGAUUUUGAAAACCAUCUCAUUAGAGAUGCCACAUUCAUAGCAUUGGGCAAUAGUUUUAUAAGCAUUUGCACCGGUUUUGUUAUAUUUGCAUACAUGGGUGCCGUCGCCCAUAAUCGCGGUGUUAAUGUUGCCGAUGUGGCCGUAAAAGACUCGGGACUGGCAUUUAUGAUGUAUCCCGAAGCAGUUGCUAUGUUUCCUUGGGGACAGUUAUUCUCAUUUAUUUUCUUUUUGGUGCUAAUAUUGCUGGGAUUGGGAUCUCAAACACUAAUUCUGAAAAGUGUUUUAUCAGUUGUCGUAGAAUUUAAUCCAAAAAGUCGAAAAUAUCGCAUCUGUUUAUUGGGUUUAAUAUGUUUGAUAGGAUUCAUAUGUGGAUUAAUCUUCUGCAAUAGAGCCGGAAUAUAUUGGUUUGUGCUUUUCAAUGACUUUAUUGCCUCGACAUCAGCCAUAUUUGUGGCCUUAGUUGAAGUGGUAUCGAUUGCAUGGGUUUACGGUAUCGACAAAUUUGCGGAUCACAUCAAAGAGAUGGUCGGACGCGAUAUUAAGCCCAGAAUACUC